CAUCGUAUCGGUGUAUAAGCGACGCGAGAUAACUUGUGUUCCGGAACUCGAUUGAGAGAGAGGCAGCCCUUCCAAGGACGAUAAAGCUUCCACUAUUACACGAUGAGUCUUCCUUUGUGCACCAUCAACCCAGAACUCAAGGAGAAGCUUCGCAAGUUCAGGUUCCGCCGUGCUACAAACAAUGCUGCUAUUUUAAUGAAAGUGGACCAGCAGGCCUCGGAGAUCAUCUUAGAAGAAGAGCUGGAGGACCUUGAGGACAUUGACGAGCUUCGGGACUCCAUUCCAGAUACCCAGCCACGCUAUGUGCUCAUUUCAUGGCGCAUCUCCCACCCCGAUGGCCGCAUCUCCUACCCUAUGGCUUUUAUUUUUACAACACCAAGAGAUUGCCAGCCACAGCUCCAGAUGAUGUAUGCAGGGAGUUACACACACAUGAUUAAGGAAUGUAACCUAACAAAGGUUUUCCAGGUGCGGGACCUUGAAGAACUGGAUGAUGAUUGGAUUCAGAACAACUUAGUACGGUAAAAGAUCUCUGUGCAGUCAACUAGCAGCAGGAAAACACAAGCAAUGCCUCUCUUGAUUCUAAGAAUAGUGUGAUUUUAUUUCCUGUUGUCUCUAAUUUUUUUUUUCCCCUAUUUUUGUAUGAUGGGAAAAUGAUAGUGGCAGACGAGCUACUGUAUUAACAAAAAUGUUUAUGAUUUUUUGUGACGAAAGAUAUUUGGUUGAGGGUAGACAUAAUGAUUAAUACAGAUGGACCAUACAAAUUAUAGAAUGAGGCAUAACUAUAGUUUUAUAUUAUAACACUAGUGUAAAUGCACAUCAUGCACAUAUGCACAGGUAAACUCACAGACUUAUACACAAAUAUAUGUGAGCACACCUGCACUUCUAUACCUUUACAUUUUUAAAUACACCUGCACAUGCACACAUGCUUCCAUGUUGAUGCAAACACGUAUACAACAUAAUUUACUUAUACAUGUUAUAACAGUAGAUUCUGUUAAAAGAAGCAUUCAUAAGUUUUGAAUAAGGAAUGCUAGGCUCAAAAUAGACCUAAAAUAUAACACAAAUUUGCCUGACACUUGUAUGGAAAACAGUUACUCAAAUUUGAAAGAAUGUUCUGUUAUAAGUCAAUUUUUAUCAAUCCCAGUGGAAUAUUCUGAGAUGUGAGUUUCAUACUCUUAUUACCAUGUUUAUUUGUUUAUUAUUUAUGACAGGGAGAUAUGCUAACAACACAUAGCUAUCACAAGACUUGAGUACAAAUUCUACAAGUCAUAAAGGAUGUGUAUAAAGUUACAAUUAACUUA